AUGUUCGCCUCGAAAAAACCAUACACGGCCGUCUCGGUCCAAAUCGAACAUCUGACAACGGAAGCUUACGAAGAAAACGACCUCGCCGGCAUUCCAGAGCUUAUCGAAGCUGUCAGAUUACAGGAUACAGGUCCCCAAGAGGCAUCUAGAGCUCUACGGAAGAAGCUGAAAUACGGCAAUUUCCACCGACAAAUAAGAUCUUUGACGAUUCUCGAUGCCUUGGUCGAAAACGCAGGAAAGCGAUUCCAACGUAGCUUCGCUGACGAACCCCUCCUCGAACGUCUCAGGAUCAUAGCUUCCGACUCCCUCACCGAUCCAGAUGUCAAGAAGAAGGCACAAAUACUUUUCGCUCAAUGGCAUAACGCCUACAAGGAUACUCCCGGAAUGACUGGUGUCGCGAGCCUCUACCGUCAAGUGCCUACCAGACCACGUCCAAGGCCACAGCCGAGACCGGUGUCGCCGGAGGAUGAGGAUGCUCCAACUCCAUCAGCUGGAUCGAGAUCCGGUCCAACAAGUCCUAACAGAUCAUCACAAGUUGGCCCGUCACACUCGCGUAACAGUUCGAGUUCGAAACCGACGCAUGCGCCAAUUACUCUAGGACCCUCUGACUCGCCAAUUGCUACAUUUAAACAACCUAAAGACAAAUCUUCGAAAUCUUCAAAGUCCUCAGGUCAAAAGCGGCCGCCAUUCAAUCUUGAGAAGGAAAAGCCAACCAUGAUUCAAAAUAUUGCUACCGCCUCAAUUGCUUCAACGAAUCUCAAAAACGCGCUUAAACUCAUUAACAGAGAAAAGGAAAGAGUUAGCGACAAUCCAGAGGUUAUGAAGAGAUUCGAAGCCUGCAAAAUGCUUCGAAGGCAAAUUUUACGAUAUAUUCAGCACGUAGAGUCCGAACAGUGGUUGGGUGGACUCAUUCACGCCAACGAAGAGUUAGUUGAGGCAUUGACGCUGUUUGAAGUUUUGGAUAAACCUCCUGGUGAAGACUCCGAUAGCGAAGGGGAAUGGGAGAAAGUGCCAAAAGAUCUCGGCGUUGACGACACAGCUGGGAGGAUGGGUAAGUUAAAGAUUGCGGGGGGGUCGAUGCAGCCUGGACAAGUUCCAGCCAAGAAAAGGGAUUAUGAUAGUGAUGAACUAGAGGAUGCCAGCGAUGAUGAGGAAGUGGAGCCGGAAGAUCCGAAUGACCCGUUUGGAGAUAGCCAUGCUUUGAAGACUCCUGCUAGAGAAAAGGCAGAGCCCCGCUGGGCUGAGAUCUAA